AGAGAAUGUAGUGCUCGAAUCGAAUACAGUCAAUACAUCAUUUAUUGUUGACAAACACAAAAUUCGUACUCAACUGAACGGGGAACACAGUCUGAAGAAAAAUCGUCAAGAUGCCGCCGAAACCAAGAAAGUCCUCGAAGGGCAAAGGCUCGGAGAUCAACAAGAUGACUCAGGUGGAUCGCACUUUCUAUGAGCUGCAGAUCACGGACUUGAACCAGAAGCUGUCGCGUCUGCGCUCCCAUUUGGCCAACAUGGAUGAGACCAACAUCAUUCUGCAGACAAAGCUGCAGGACAUCGACACGGACCGCACUGAUGUGGCUGCCCACCUGGAGCGCACCUUGGCGGAGCGGAAUAAUACGAUAACAGAGCUGGAGGAGCGCCUGGUGGAGAUAUCGAAGGUACGCAACGAGGAGAAGCAGGUGGCCCAGGAUAAGAUCGCCGACCUGGAGGGCAAAUAUAAGGCGAUGCACGACCAGCUGACCUCGGAGAUAAAGCUCCUCAAUGGCAAGCUGAACUCCCUGGAUGAGUUUCGCAUACAGCGCGAUGUCCUGCUCGCCAAGUUCGAUGACCAGGAGAUCGAGAUACGAGAGAAGGAGAAGCUGCACAAGGAGGCGCUCUACAAUAUGGAGCAGGCCGCUGUCGUGGAGAAGGAUGCGCUGAAGAAGGAGGUGGAAGCCAAGCUGCUGCAGGUCUCCGAGGAUUUCACGCGCUCCAGCGAGAUCCGCAAUGCCGGCUACACGCGCCGACUCAUCCGUGAGAACAUCGCUCUGCAGAAGGAGAUCGAUUUGCUGGUGAUGUCGCAGAUCAAGCUGCAGCAGAUGUACAACAACCAGAAGGAGAAGCACAAGGAGAUCAUGGUGCAGUACAGCGCCCUGGAUCAGAUCAAGAACGAGCUGGUGCGCAACUCCAUAAAUAAGAUCAAGAUCAUCGAGAGCCUGACCACGAACUACGAGAAGCUCAAGUGCAAGUAUGUGGAGGCGCUGCAGUAUCGCAGAGCCUACGAGGAGCAGCAGGAGGCGGAUCAGAUUAUCGAUGCACGGAACAAAGAUGCUGAAGGUAAAAUCAAGUCCCUCUGCAGGCGCAUCGAGAACCAGACGCUGGAGAAGCGCCAGCUGGAGGCGAUCCACGACCAGCAUGAGAGCGAAAUAUUACGCUUGCGCGGCAUCAUUCAGGAGAUCAAGGUCACCGUGCGCGAUGCCAUCGUCAGCCAGCAAUGCAUUAAGCUAUUCCCCCAGAGACUUGAGGAGGCCAACGUCGAGCCACAGUCAGUCAUCGAUGAGGUGCGCGAGGAGGCGAUUAACAUGAAUAAAAUGGCACGCAGCGACCUCCUCUCCACAUUGAUGAACAUCGUCAGCUCCCACUCGGCUGAGCUGCCACGCACGCCCUCUCUGGAGACCAUCAGCACUGUGACCUCAUCCCUGUACACGCCGGGCAAAAUGGGCUUCAUGCCGCACAAGCCGCGGCCCGCUGUUUGUGAUCUCUUCCAGACGGAGGUGCUGGACCAACUGCCUGACCUGCAGGUGAAGCUGCCAGAGUGUCUGCUGAAGGGCCAGGUCCAGGCGAAGCCCACUGAAAAGGUUGACGAUCAUGUCUCCAUAUAUGAUGUCGAAUUCGGCACCACGCUCUAUGUGUCCUCAUCCCGUGAAGAGGACGUCAUAGAGAUGGAAGAGGAGCCGCUCGAAGAGCCCGAGGGCUCCAGCAGCACCGUCUCUGUGAAGAAGGCCAGCAGCGAGCCCAGCGUCGCCGCACCAGCCACUGCCCCAUUGGCCAAGCCCGUAGUUGAGGACGUCGUCAAGGCGGAGUCUACCAAGUCGAUGCAAAGCUUAUCCACCGCCGGCCUGACUGAGCUAACCGGCGAGGAUGAGAAUGUCGACGAGGAGGAUGAGUACGAGAUCAACUUGUUCUACUAAAACGGAUUCAGUCAGUUAUCAAAAUGUUGUGUGUAUUCUUGUAAAUGUUUUGUUUCGGCAUAAGGACUAAAUAAA